AUGGGGGCUCGGGGCUGGAGGGAGCAGGACGUGGCCGAUGCGGGCUCGUGUGGCACCCAGGGAUGUGGGCAGUGCCAGCCCGUUGUGCUGAGCCUUCUGUCCCUGCAGAUGAAGCGAGCCCUGGUGCUGGGGGCCUCAGCCCUGCUCAUCCUGGCACUGAACCAGAAUGCGAUCCGAGAGCUGGAUGUCUCCCAGCUCCUUGCAAAGCCCGUCAUCGUGAUCCAAUCCUCAGACAAUGUCACCAGGCUGCUGGGAGCACUGCUGCGAGGACUACGGGCUACAGCGAAGAUCACAUACCAGGCGGUGCUGCUGGAGAACCUGGGGGUGACACUCACCCUGUGGUCCACCUGUGGCCUGUCCCGAGGGGGCCUCUAUGGCGAGUGGCAGGGUGUCAUCUGCACUGGAGAGAACAGUUCGCAGGUCCAGAAGUACCUGCAGCAGCUGUGGAACACCAUCCUGCUCGUCGCUCUGCUCCUCUGCACGGGGGUGAUCGUGCAGGCACAGCGGCAGUCACGGCAAGGCCUGUCGGAGCGGGAUGCUGAGCUGGACCUGAAGCAGCACAUUCGGCGGCGGCUGUUGGCCCUGAAGACCCGGCGGUACAAUCCUGGCAAGGCGCUGCGGAGCCGGGCCUGUGAGAUCGAUAGCUGUGCCGUGUGCCUGGACCAGUUCAGCAAGAGCCAGUGGCUGCGUGUGCUGCCAUGUUCCCACGAGUUUCACCGGGACUGUGUGGACCCCUGGCUCCUCCUGCAGCAGACCUGCCCACUCUGCAAGCAUAACAUCCUAGGGAACUGCUGUGGAGAGAGCUAGUCGGCCCAAUGGACGUGCUCCAGGGACAGACGGACCCAUGGCUGCUCUAGGGAAGAGCUGGGGAAGAACAGGGCAGGCUUGGGGUGAGCUGUGCUCGGAACUGGAGCAAGGCUCAGCGCAGCCGUGCUCUUUGCAGCACCAGGCAGUGCCUGGCCCUUAGGAGAGUGAAGACUUUGGGGGGGUUCUCCCUGCUUGGUGUGAGUAGAGGGGCCAGGGGCACGGCUGGGCAUUUGCCAAAUGGCUGAGGGAUGGGUGCCAGGGAAAGCACUCAUGGGUAUAACUGGGGAGGGGCCACUGAGGCUGUCGGCAGAGUCUGCAGGCACUGAAGGGAAGAGCGCAGGUCUGGCUGUUCCCUCUCCCUGCUCAUCAUUUUUUCUAAGUCUUUUCUAUUUGCCUGCGGCUGCAACAGGUGGGCAGCACCAGGCUGGGAGCCCGCCUGCACCUGGGGCUCUGCCACAGCUGAGGGACGGGAGGGGGGGAGGAUGAACCACUUUAUUUAUACUAACUUAUUAGAAAGGACAGUACGAGUUAGCUGAACACAGAGUGCUCGGGGACUCGCUGUGAGCCUGCAAGGGCUCUUGUUCCAUGUGGCAGCUGGAGCUGCAGCACUACUCGUGGCCGUUGCUAUUAAAUACAGAGCUCAGAGAG